AUGACAGUGGAUGUAAAAGAAGCUGUUUCUUGUCUGAUUUUCGCUGCCUCAAGAUGUGGUGAACUGCCAGAGCUUAUCAAACUGAGAAGCCUAUUCCAAAAUUGGUACAGCAAUGAGUUUGAUGAUAAUAACGUAAAUUUUCGGCCAACAAACUUUGUGAAGUUAGAGCUGAAGAGUGUUUUGUCCUCUGGUUCAAUAUCUAAUGAAGUGAAGCUUGAACUAGUCAAAGAAAUUAUCAAAGACUAUGCUGAUUGUCGUUCGAUGAACUGUCAGCAGGUUUGUGAUGUUGAUGAUAAAAAACACUACUUUAAGGAUAAUCAAGCUCUGAAUAAAGGAAAAUCAUCACCAGAGAAGCCCAAGCAUACUGAAAGCAUGCAAAGUUUACCAGAUAGGAUGAUUCUAGAUUCUUUAAAUCUCGACCAGUUAAGUGAAAGCGGCAGGGAUUCUGCACUUCAGACACUCUAUCUCAACGACAAAGAUAUUUAUGUUAUCCAUGAAGAACAGUAUGAAGGUUAUCAAGAACAAGGUCUGAAAUAUGAAAAGGGGUUGUCAAAAUUCCCAAAGAAGCCUAAUCCUGGCUAUAUAUCAAAGAAAGCCAGCAAUGAAAGCCAUGAAAUAAAUUACAUUGACGAUGCAUCCUCCCGGAAAUUAUUAGAGAGUACACCCCAAAUCCAAGAGAAAGACAUUGUCUAUUUGGAUGAUAUGAAAGAAAAGACACUGCCUCGGAGUUAUUACGACUAUGAAGCUACUAAUCUAUCUCCGAAUUCAAAUGGUGUAGGAAAAAGAACACUACUUUGCUGUGACACAAAUGCUUAUCAGCCACUUCCUCAGGAACCCUCAAAGAAGGAAAGCAACAAGCAUAACCUCAAGAAGUCUGCAGGAGAUGAUAACAAAACAAGAGUACGAACUGAAGCAUCAGGCAAUUUACGCCAAAGCUAUGAUGGUAGGAUGAAACAAGAUAUGCAACAAAGCAAGAAAAGAACAUUAAAUGGUUUCUUUGAAAAUGAGGGAGGAGAUAGAAACAACUUUUUAUUAGGUCAUGUCCAUCCCAAGCUUCCUCACUAUGAAGAGCUAGAAGCUAAGUUCAAGCACCCAGAAGCUGGAGUAGGAAACGGUAGUAAAACUAAUUAG